AUGCCUGCCACAGUCGAGCAAAAAACUAUAGAUCCAGAAGCAGAGCUGAGCAAUGUGCAGAGAACGUUUCAAAAGCUGGCGCCGAUGUGCAGCGUAGAGAAGCGUGCGGCUGGUAUCCCACAGCUGGCCCCGCAGGAGAAGCAGCUGGGCAUACUGGCCCACGAACUCAGGGAGACCCUGCUGUGCAUCACUCUCGCCACGAAAGGACAGCAUGCGCUUCGAGACAGUAUCGUUAAGAGCGGCACCAAGCACUCCAUCGUGGAAUACGAGCAGCUGGAGUCUGUGCUGCGUGACGAGAAGGCACAGCAGGCGGAGCUGGACUGCCUCAACUACCUCGCGCAGAAGCAGCUGGUGGAACUGCUAAAAAGAGUACCCACGGAGGCCGAUGAGCUGGCGAUGAUUGAGAACGCCAACAACUGCUUGCGCCGCAUGGAGAACCGGCUGGAUCUGGCCACCAAGCGGUUCUGCGUCGUCAACGCAGAUAACAAGCGCGUCCGGGAGGAAAUACAUCGACUGCUGGUCGAGAGAAACGACUUCAACAUCCAAUGGAACCGCACCAUCGGCAAACUGGUGAAAGGCAAGGAGUACCUAAUGGACAUAUUCGAGAUCGCCGCCGUAGCAUUCGGGAACAGAGACGAAUGCUGCAGGAAGCUGGAAGCACUCAAAUGGAAAGGACUCUUCCAACUGAACAGGGAUAUAUCGGAAAUGCAAUCAUACGAGGGGGAGUUGAACCACCUAGCGAAGUUGGAGGAGUUUCUCCGCGUGAAGGGCUCCCGCAGGAUCUGCGAGGCUGAUGAGAAGGAGGAGAUCAAACGCCAGGACGAGAUUCAGCGGUGCGAGCAGGAGAUCGCGAGACACGACGCAAUCCUUGAAGCCAUAUUUGAGUAUGCUGGAACAGAUAGGGUGGCGACGAUCAUCCACCAUUUUAAGAUAGUGGAGAUCGAGAACUUCUCGACGUUCGUGCUGCUAUGCGAGGUGCUGCAGGAGUCCAUCAUCGUCAGGAGGGAGCUGGAGAUCAUGCGCCAGAAGAUCCUCGACCAACGGGACAUAAACGAAGCUCGAGAGGAGAACCAGGACAAGAAGGUAGCCGCCAAGACGCUGGAGCUGGAGCAGAUGCGCGCGCGCAACGAACACAUGCGGGAUCUGAACACGGCCGCUGAUCUCACCAUCGUCAAGGUGCUGAAGGGUAUCGACGAUUUAGUUAGACUGGCAAGAUGCGACUUCUCCCCGCUGCUGUCUCUGCUCGGCAACCACAAAGAAGUGACCAAAUGGAACGUGCCCAAAUUUCUCCGGAUACUGGAGUCUGAAGUCAAAAGUCUCAUAGAAGUAGCCUAUGGUGCUGUGAAGCCUCCAGCGCCGACGCCUAAAGCACGCAAGGGGCCCGCCGGGCCAGCGGCGCCCAAACUUGUGGCAGACCCCUACGUGGAGCCGCUGCACCCCAACAGGAUCGAGAAGCUGGUGCCCUACCAGCCCUGCGCUUACUGCGUUGAGGAUUACAUAAUGAACUUGGUGUUCGAGACUCCGGCUGUGCCCGCAGAUAAGGAAUACAUCGAGGGCAUAUUCCACCUCGAGGACGUCAACACCAAGUUUGGCAUCUACACGCUCACCAUACCAGCGAAACGACAUCCAUACAGGGGUCCGAAGAAGGAUUGA